AGUGACAGGAUGAAUUAAUAUUACGUACGGCCUGUGUUAAAAACUAAUUAAGCACGUGUUAAAUAAUCGAAUAAACUCAUAAUAACAAUACCUUAAAACAUAUACAACAAGGAUGGAUGUCCUAACCAAGCCUGCGGAGGAGUUCGGCAAUGACGAAACAUUGGAGCACCUGUGGGCUGCAAAGGCUAUGGAGCACAGUGACAUUUACUUCAAUGUGUUAUGUUCAGUAGACACACGGUUGCUACGCCUCACCCCGCAAGACGACCUAAUAUACACACACUUCAGGCAAGACUUCCCCGACCUAAAUGUAGCCUACAUCAAAGAAAACGAAAUUAAAAACAACCACAACAAAGCAAAAUGGCGUGCAUAUUGCGAAAAAUUUAAAAAUAUAAUUGAAGACUACAGUUUUGGGACUUUGAUGAGAGCAGAUACAAAAGGGGACUACUCGGAACAGAAUACCAUACUAGUGCCAAGAGUGCAGUUCUAUGCUAUAGAAAUUGCUAGGAAUCGUGAAGGAUUGAACAAUGAGGUGAAGAAACGGUUCAAAUGCCAGUCUAAAGCCAAUUUAGAGGCGCAGAAACACAAAACUGCUGUCACCGCGUAGGUCUCUACUGCCACUUAUCAUCUAUUCUUAAAAAACGUGUCUGUAAUCUAAUUACCAUCACCAUUUUCAUACAUUUUAUAUUGAGUCAUGGUAAUUAGAUUGCAGACAUUUUUUUCAAAUGGCCGUUAAUAUUUUAAUAACCUUAAGGUGUUGCCAAUAAAUAUUAAGUUAUGAAAAUCAAUAUAAUUUGAAUAAAAAAAUACAUGAAAUUAUGUUUGGCCACCAGUUCUGAAAAUAAAAUCAUUAUUCUUACCUACUUACUGUAUGGCGCCUACACUGUUCGUAGUUUUUGGUCAAAUAAUGCUUUGUAUUUAUUUAAGUACCUAUCUGCUUUUUCUAUCCAAGGAAAGAGUUGAAACAAAACAUUUGGAUACUUACUUAAAUGUAGUGUAGUGUGGAGGCGCCAUUACAAUAAUUUCCUGAAAGUCUUUCCAUUAGUUCCAGUGUUAUUAACACUCCUUUGGAAGAAUUUGAUAAAAAUAUGUAGGUAUACAAGAAUAUUGUCUCAGGCAUAAGUGCCAAUAGCCAGCCAUUUAGAAUUAUUUCCAUAAAAGCCUAGUAGUGUUAAGAUCUCUGGCCAUUGACUACGUAUCCAACGUGAUAGCCGUAUAAGUAUCUGAUGGUCAUUGCAUUGAUUGGUCACUGGUCCUUAGAAACUGUUUAUGAAUUACUAAAAGCCUAAAAAGCGUAAUUCGAUGGGCUGAGGUCAUUAUUAAUAAGCCGAUCAUACCUUGAUAUAACCUGUUCACCUGUGCUGCUAAGUAUUCAAUCCUAGUGUAAGGAAUAGGUUACUAGAAAUGAAUGAGGUGCUCAAUAACUCAUACAUUUUGUGUAAUAAAUUUUAUACUACAA